GCGCUGAGGGAGAGAGAAGUAUAGGCAUGGCACCAAUGACCAGUCGGGGGAGCAAAUACCUGGAAGAAAAACGCGCUGUUUAUGCCGCCCCAAGAUCUAAACGGAAAGUUGUUAUUGUUGCAGGAACAGCCGCCGCCGCUCUUCUCAUCCUUGCCAUCGUUAUCCCCGUGUAUUUCACCGUUGUCAAACCCAAAAGCACCACGAGCUCAGACAGCAGCGGCAGCAGCAACAACAGUGGCGGGACUAGCAGUCCAUCGGCCACCAGCACCGGCAAGUCAACCCUCGCGGCUGUGACAGGUGGUGACGGGUCCAAAAUCACGACGGAGGAUGGAUCGCAGUUCACGUACUCAAAUUCCUUCGGUGGAUAUUGGUACUAUGACCCUACAGACCCGUUUAACAAUGCAGCACGACCCCAAUCUUGGAGUCCUGCACUAAACGAGACGUUCAACUAUGGCGUCGACAUAAUUAGAGGUGUCAACGUUGGUGGAUGGCUUACCAUCGAACCUAACUACAGUUCUCCUGCUCUCUUCGAGCCUUACGCAGCUGACAGCUACCCGGCAGUUGAUGAAUACACUCUGCAUACCAUACUAAGGGCGGAUACUACAAAUGGUGGCAUUGAACAGAUCGAGGAGCACUACAAGACAUUUAUCACGGAACAGGAUUUCGCUGAGAUUGCUGGCGCAGGUCUAAACUAUGUUCGAAUACCUCUGCCGUAUUGGGCCAUUGAAACUCGUGGCGAUGAACCAUUCUUGCCUAAAGUUGCUUGGACAUAUUUCCUGAAAGCCAUUCAAUGGUGUCGUAAAUACGGCUUGCGAAUCAACCUCGACUUCCAUGCCCUGCCAGGCAGCCAGAACGGAUGGAAUCACUCUGGCAAACUAGGUAGUGUCAACGUUUUAAAUGGACCCAUGGGCUACGCAAAUGCACAGCGUUCCUUGGACUAUAUUCGUAUCCUCGCGGAAUUUGUAUCACAGCCUCAAUACCGAGAUGUCGUGACAAUCUUUGGGAUUGCAAACGAAAUCCUAGGGUCAACCGUCGGCGAAGACCAGACUAAAGCUUUCUAUCUUCAAGCUUAUGACAUUGUUCGCAAUGCUGGAGGCAUCGGCGAAGGGAAGGGUCCUUGGGUCAGUUUCCACGAUGCAUUCUUCUCUCGAUCAGAGUGGUCUGGUUUCCUGCCCGAUGCCGACAGGAUUACUCUCGAUUCUCACCCAUACUUGUGUUUCAACGGUCAGUCCAACGCGGCAAUGAGCACCUACACCACGACACCUUGUACUACUUGGGGAUCCCUUGUAAAUGGAACAAUGAGCGACUUCGGUCUUGCCAACGCGGGUGAAUUCAGUCUUGCGGUUACUGAUUGUGGCGAAUAUCUCAACGGUGUUAACUUGGGCACUCGGUACGAGGGAAAUUAUACCGGCUACACGACGUCGAUGGGAAGCUGCACGGAGUGGACCGAUUGGAAGAGCUGGGAUGAUGACAUGAAGAGUGCUAUGGAACAAUUCUCCCUCGCGAGUAUGGACGCACUUCAAAACUGGUUUUUCUGGACAUGGAAAAUAGGCAAUUCGAGCAUUUCAGGCGAAAUUGAAUCACCAGCCUGGUCAUAUCAGCUUGGCCUCCAACAAGGCUGGCUGCCGAAGGACCCUCGUAAUGCCGUUGGGACAUGUGGAAAUUCUAGUCCUUGGACAGGUACUCUUAGUGCUGGCUCCGGCAGCAUACCAGCAAGCGUCAGCAGCUCUCUUCCAUGGCCCCCUGCAACCAUCAGCAAUGCCGGUACAGUCACGAGUCUGCCUUCGUAUACCCCCACCGGAGUUGUUCCAACGCUCCCUGCUCCAACGUUGACAGCCAGCGCGACUGCUUCUAUCGAUGUCGGGGAUGGAUGGAAUAACAGCGGCGACAAUGAUGGACUGAUGGUGAAUAUCACGUCAUGUAGCUAUUUGGAUCCUUGGGUGGGGCCCUCAGCAUCACCACCGUCGCCCUUGUGCUCCUAA